AUGGUAGACACCAAUACCGCCGCUUGUAGAUCGCUGUCUCAGACGCGUGAACUUGAGGUUAACAAAGUUCACAGGAUUCGUCAGCUUCGUACCGCAAGUUCAAAUUCCAGCAACAUCAGCACCGAUACCUCGCCGAAAACCCCGCUAUUUCAGAGGAUAGACAGAAGUAAAACUGAUGCGCCAGCUUUUCGAAACAAUUUUAAUACAACUAGUCAUGAUGACACCUCAAGGAGUAGCGACGGCAUUCCCCCUCAGAUCACCUCAAAACCUUCGGAACCACACCUAUCGCUGGUCAGCGAAUUAGAAGAAGUAAGCCCAAUCCACACCAAGCUUGCAACCCUUCCCCGAAACCUGAGUAAGAUUAGCGAUAUUUCAGCACCCAAACGACGUGACAGCAAUGGAUCCAAGCCUAAAUUAUCCUACCAAAAGGGCACUCGAGUUGAAGGAGAAUCCUGUAAGGGAACACCUGGAUUCAAAGCCAUCGUGGUAUGCCCCACAUGUCAGAAAAUCUACUCUCAGCGGUCACUGAAAUUUCAUUCCAGUAUUUGCCUCGCGAGGAAAAAGGAAGAGGACAGACGAAGGCACGAGUUGAUAAAGUUGGAGAAGCUACACAAAGCCCCAAUCAGACCCCCUGGGAAGCUCUGCUACAUCUGUGGGAGACGUUAUACAAUGAGUUCCUGGCAGUGGCACGAACCCAGGUGCCUGAAGCAAUGGAACACCUGGAAUAGCAGACUCCCUAAGUCACUUCAGCACAAGAAUGGCCCGUGGAAGCCUUGUGCGACCGACGAAGAGUUGAUGGCUAUGGUAGAAUCACAAAGGACAAAGGGUAACUUAAAGUACACAAAACAGGACGCUUACGAUGAAUUAAUGCACGAUGCAAGCCGUGUGAAUACCCUUCCAUUAGAAUUUACAUAA